AGCCCAGCCUUAUCACACACAUAUAUCUCUCCGCAUAACUGUUUUCUGUUUUCACUAAAUAUUGUUGUGAAGAUGCUAAAACGCGAUCUACAGAAAAUAAAGCUGAAGUUGUCUGACCUCAAGGACUACGAACUAGCCCGGCAGAAGAACAAGCUCAAGGGGGCGCCGCGACCCAGGCUAUCCCAGGACGCCCUAACCGGAGACGAUGCCUCCACUUCAGGGACCACCGCCAGUUGUAGCUCCAAUACGGGCACGGCAACGGAAACUGCAUCCGGAUCGGGAUCGGGAUCCGGUUCGGGUUCGGGUUCGGGUUCGGGAUCAGGGUCCGGAUCGUACGCUACGGGCCUGGGACUGGGCUACAGAUCGGAGACACCCUCCUCCGCAUCGUACACCACCUCGACGACCCCGACUCCGGCCACCCAGGAGGAGAUGUUGAGACCCUCGUCCGCCGUGACGGCCACCACCACCACGGGCACCACCAAUUCCGGGUCCACGGACGACGUAAGUGUUGCGGCCGUUGUGGACGAUACGGAUACCAUUGACGAAAUCAGCGACGACAACUGGGUGGACCUGAAUGCCGACACGAACGAUACGGUGGACACCCACGAGGAGGAGGAGGAUGGGGCCAGGGGGGGCAUUUAGGAAACCAGGCAUCCGGAAUACCGAAAACGAGGAGUCCACAAUUCCAUUAUGCAAACGUAACGCAGCUGCAGGAGAAGGCCGCCCAUUCGCAUUCCAUUUGUCAACACAUUCUGUACCAUCAUAAUAACCCAUUGCUUACGUAUUAAUGCACAUCUAUUUUUUCCGCUUUUCUCACAUAAGCAUUUGGUUUAUUUCAUAAUAUAUAAUAUUGGAUAACUGAA